CACAAUAGAACUGUGUUUGCCCUAAGUUAUGUACAUUUACUGUCGAUCAAAGAAGUACAUUGGCUGCAAGGUUCCCGAGAUGAAGCCAAAAUAUACGUUCUCGAACGAAAGAGUAGCUAAGCACAUGCACUGAUAUCUACUCGAAGGCGCCCUGUUUGCAUGAAGCAUUAUGCUUCUAAAGCGACGAGCACGCGGCUACUGACAGAAGCUAGAGCGGCGUGACUACUUGAUCCCACCCCUUGAGCGUGUUUGACUAAGGGAACUUGGAUGUGUCCACGGACUGCCGGUAGGGCACAGAGAGCUUCCAGCGCUUCAAGAGCAAAGUACGCCGAAUGCGGGUGAUGAGCAGCUUCCUCUACCUUGGCAAGCAGCACCUCGACCAAUUCGACGCCCGUCAAUCGGACACAUUCGUUCAAAGCGUUCGUCAAGUCGGCGGGCGCCAACAGGCGCAACCCGUUGGCAACUGUUACAAGUGCCAGGUAAGCAUCUCGUUUCCCUGCUUCCCGAAUAGAAGUACCUGGCCAUGCUCCUAGCACUGUCAAGGUAAGAACCCGUUCUUGAAUUGGGGCAAGCACUGCGUGAUUCGUCUGGGACGCCGCCUCCCCAAGCAGCACGCAUCGUGCCACUCUUUCGGCUGUUUCCAAACCCGUUUUUCCGGGAUCUGUCAUAAUGCAGAGGCUUUCUAAUCCCAAGAUUCGAGCAUCGUGACGAUCAGCGCAAAUUAGAUUGUGCGCUAUUUCCAAAGCCGAAACAACGGGAUCCUCGGAAAUGUUGGUUUCACGCAUGGCAUACUGCAAGGUGUAUUCGGCCUUACGCAAAGCUGGCAUAGGUACGUGUCGAGACAUGGCAAGUUCCAAUUUUUCUCCGCGUACGGCAUUUAGAAUGCGUUUGGCGUACAUGCAGAAGAGUACAGAGUCGCCCAACACCCGUUGGACUUCGAGUACGGCUUCUGCCGAAUCUUUCCGGUCUUUCCAUAGCGAGACCCGAAGUUCGAGUUGUUCCAAGCUUUCACAGGAUGCAGCCAAGGGGGCGUCGUGGUAGAUUGUGCGGAGAGAAAGGGCCCGGAAAACUUCCUCUAGAAAAUCAAGUACUUCCGAUAGUCGAUCGCAUGGAAAGCGAAUAUGGCUGAUUUCCAAAGGAUGGUACAUACCCAUACGGGUAAGUACACGGCCUUCCUUUUUCCAGGUAGCCUUGUUCACUUCGGUGGUGAACUCCAUCUUUUCCGUGUUGAAGGUAUUGAUGGGAACUGAGGCACUUUGGCGGAUGGCAGUACCCGUUGGAAAUAGCUUGGCGGUUUCCGGCGUCGACGACGGACGUGCCAAUGCCGGUUCGGCCAAGUGCAUCACGGCAGCUCUGUAAAGUGAACCAGUGAAGUAGUUAGCUUCGUUGUCAAUAUGGUCUGACAUCUGCUUUCCGAACCGCCUCAUUGUAUUGGUUGUGAAAUACGUUCAAAGCGUUUAAUUUGUGAAACACAGAACGAUCCCAAAUGAGAAGCAGUCUUGCGUUCCAGACGUAGAUGUGAAGGUUCGUGUCUCACCAUACAAGAUUGAAUUCAAACACGACGAAAUUGCAUUUUCUCGUGGGGCUCCGUUGGACCCCUGUCGGACACGAUUCGUCCAGUGCCGUUUUGCCGUCUGGUGCACGUCCAACCACGGUGGACAUUUGGAAUCUCACGAGUCGACAACGUACCGAAAAUCGGGGCCAUUGGGAGCGGUAGAUCCCGGGAUCACGUCGAGACGCCGAUCCCGAGAUUUGGCAGCGCUUACGCCGUCGAGUGAUGAUUCUUCAUACUUUCGAUUUUCAUUUUUGUUCAUGGCGGUUGAGAAGAAUCAAAACGGAGCUGCGCUAUUUAUGUUGCGAUUGUUUCGAUGGGCUUGAUUUGGUUUGUGCACGUCGUGGAAAAGCCCCGGUGACAGUCGUACACACAAACCCUGGGCUGCGGGUCUCGAACAGAAGUAUCCAAUCACCGUCGAAAACGACACCGUUCGGCUUGGGUUCCAUUCCUCGGCAGAAUCAGCGAAUCAGAACUUAGGAUUCUUCAGCAACACCCGGAGAACACGGCAGACGGCGUCUCAAGAUUUCGAAAGAACCAAACCCGGAAAUCGUGUUCACGAUCGUCAUCGUGCGCUACCGAAUAAUCGAACCCGAAUUCCAGCAAUCUGCGAAUGACAGUGAAUUGGUGUCACACGUGGAGUUCCAGAAUCAGUCAAACAUGAUCAAACAGGACUCAGACAACCCAACCCGCCAAGGGUUUGGAGGAAAGGGGUCUUGCGAACGCGGUAGACAAUGACCGACCCCUUUUUUGUCCGACACGAUCGGUUUUGUCCCGUGUUGGGAGAUCCGACGACGGCGUGGGUCCACAAUUUGCCGUCAAUAAUGACUAAUGACAAGGUCGAAAAUCAAGUUUCCCGACGGAGACCUGAAGAACAGAGCGUCACUGACGAAGUGAGCGAAUAUCGCAAACGUCAAAGACGAAGAUCUAUUCUCUUUGCCUCCUUGAUUGUGUUGGCAUUCAUUCUUGCGACCGUACUCGGAGUUGUUCUCACACGAGACAGUCGCAAUAGCACAGUGUCCGAUCCGGAUUCCCAGCAAAAUCAGAAUGAUGACAACGUACCGGAAACCCCACCCGUGCUAUCGACUUCGGGCCCCACCACGACACCGUCUCCGACUCGUACCGUAGCCCCUUCCACAUUUCCAACCCAAUCCCUAGCACCGACUGCAACGGGUUCUAACUUCCCUUCCGCGACACCAACCAUGGGAGCCAGUCCUACCAACACCCCAACAGCGUUUGUUAUUCUCAACCGCUGGCCAUCCACCAGCAACGGUUUGUCUUUGACCGUGCAGAAUGCUCUUUCGCCAGACUGGCAAGAAACCUUUACCCUUGUACGCAACGACUGGGACAAUGGCAUACCGGACGCUGUGACGUUGAAUGUGCAACGCGUCGCGGUAGACACGUCCUGUGCAGUCCCAUCUACGCAAGGUGUUCUCAAAGUCUGCAAUGGCAAUGCCGGUCGAACCGGAUUUUUUGGAUUCAACAAUCUAUUGCUGCAGGACGGUCUCAUUGUUGCCGCCACGGCCGAGCUCAACGACUUUUAUUUGUCCGAUAAUAGUGUAGACGCACGACGUCAUACGCUGUGUCGACACAUAGGUAAUGGUUUGGGAUUGGCGAACGUUGACGAAGGCUUUUUAAAUCAAGAUCUGGGCACAUGCUUGGACUCGACCAACGACCCCGCCAAUAAUUUGAGUCCCAAUCGAAACGACUACGUGCAGCUCGCGGCGUACUACGGACCGGUAGGCCGACGCAAUCUGCAGCGCAAUAUACCGAAACCGUCUGACCUAGCCUUGCCGGAAGAUAUAGUGCUGGCGUAUGCACAAGUCGUUUCCAGUCCAACCAACUGGAGGAUUUUGCGGCACGACGAUCGAACGAUUGUGCGAGAGACGGACCUGGGAGGCGGUUUCAUGCUGCAAAAGAAGGCCUUCCGGGCCCACCAAUAGAAAUGCACAAUAGUCCAGAUCGACAUGGUCACGUAGGGAAGAAAGGUAGGAGAGAUGAUAUUGUAAGCAUCAGUGUACAAAAUGAAACAAGUUUUUCAAGACAGCGGAUGUCGCGUUAUUUUCCAUAAACUCAUUGUAGAAAUGUGGACGCUAUGCAUCCUGCAACCAGUCUUCACCAACUAGCUCUUCCAUGUAAUGUUUCCUAGUUUCACUAAGAGUCCCUCGAGCGACUGCUUCACGCUGUGCCUGUAUCCACUGCUGGACACCAGGAUCGGUCAAAAUUGCAUCCGUAGUCUCCUCGAGCCGUGCCUGUAUUAUUCGAUACUGCUUCAUGAAAGCGCUGCCACACUUUCGAUCGCUCACCCAUAGGAAGUUGAUUUUGUCUAACCUUUUGGCGUGCUCUGGAUCAACUUGCUCAAGCCCUAGACGACGUAUUCCCGUUACCCAAGCCCCCAGCUCUGGAUCGGAAGGAUACUUCUUGGGGGGAGAGCAGUCGCCUUCAUGAGUGCUUGCGUACUGCAAAAGACGACCGUACAGAUCAUCAAAGUCUCCUGUGGUAUACACGUCCUCAAGCGAAUGCCAGGUAAAACCGAUUUUUUCAAGAAGUGCAACUUCUUCUGAAGGAAGCUUUCCUUGCGUGUGCAAUCUGCGAAGAGUUUGGCACAUGCGACCAUCCGAAGAUCCUAAUGGAAUGUUGGGGUUGCCGUACUUUUCUAUGUGUUGCAGCAUGGCAGGGUAGACCUGUCGCAAUACAGGGGAAUGAAUCGGUCCAGGAACGCUAAAGACGCCGUCGCUUUCGCUACUAGCUUCAGUCAUGGCUGCAGUGAGAUGAUCACUUCUUGUGAAGAGCGAGCUCUUCGAUUUUCUGCGGGUCGAUCGAUGAAAUCUUUCAGGAACGUACUGGAAUGAAGAACAUUGUUCCGCAGUGUAUCUAAAAAAUAUGAACCCAAGUAGACGCAACCAACAGAGACACAAAGCUCUCAUGGUAUCCACAUUCAGCGACG